CUUCCAAACAGAAGAACAAUAACUAACCUCACCAAUUCCCGAUUUACCCUCAAAACCAAUGUCUCUCUAUUCUCAAGCCCACAUUUGCCAAUGCCUGACACGAUUAUCAACUCUCCGUCGAAAUUCCACCGUCACCAUCACCGGUGACCGGCAGUUAACCGGCAAGCAGUUCGUUCAAAACGUGUUAGCUCUAGCUAAUGGACUACAUAAACUCGGAUUAAGAAAUGGUGACAUUGUAGCCAUUUGUUCUUUUAACAGUGAUUUGUAUUUGGAGUGGUUACUUGCUGUUGCAUUUAUUGGUGGUAUUGCUGCUCCUUUGAACUAUAGAUGGAGUUUCGAAGAGGCGAAAUCAGCGAUGUUGAGUGUGCAGCCAAUGAUGUUAGUGACUGAUGAGAGCUGUGAUUGGUGGCAUUCAGAUCUUCAGAAUCAUGCUUUAUUACCUUAUUUAAAGUGGCAUGUUUUCUUGGAUUCCUUUGAAACUAACGUAUUAACUACGGAUAUGAUUCGAACUGAUGGUUUGAGAUUGCUGCAGUUGAAUUAUUCUUGGGCACCUGAGGGUGCUGUCUUGAUAUGCUUCACUUCUGGAACUACUGGAAGACCGAAAGGAGUUGUUAUAAGCCAUUCAGCUUUGAUCAUGCAAUCCUUGGCAAAAGUUGCUAUUGUUGGUUACUCUGAGGAUGAUGUCUACUUGCAUACUGCUCCAUUGUGCCAUAUUGGCGGAUUGUCAUCGGCUAUGGCUAUGCUAAUGGUUGGAGCUUGUCAUGUGUUAAUGCCCAAGUUUGAAGCUUCAUUAGCUUUAGAUGCUAUAGAGCAACACAAAGUGACUUCUCUAAUCACUGUUCCUGCGAUGAUGGGUGAUUUGAUUUCUUUAUCCAGGAAAAAGCAGACUUCAGAAGGAAGACAAACUUUGAAGAAAAUUCUAAAUGGAGGUGGGAGUCUAUCAGUUGGGCUUAUCAAAGAUGCCAGUAAAUGCUUCCCAAAAGCUAAGCUUCUGUCAGCUUAUGGAAUGACGGAGAGCUGUUCUUCUCUUACCUUCAUGACUCUCUAUGACCCUGCACUUCAAAACCUAGAUCAGCCCUCACAGGAGUAUGAUAAACUAGAAUCCAAUUUACUUAACCAACCCCAAGGUGUUUGUGUUGGCAAGCCUGCACCUCAUGUGGAGCUGAAGAUAAGCUCUGAAGGCUCUUCUAACACUGGGAGAAUUUUAACCAGAGGUCCACAUGUAAUGCUUAGAUACUGGAAUCAAAAUCCAUCAAAGGCUAGUGGUUCCACUGAUGAAGUAUGGCUUGAUACGGGCGACAUUGGCUCAAUUGAUGACUCUGGUAAUCUCUGGCUCAUUGGACGUACAAAUAAUCGCAUCAAGAGUGGCGGGGAGAAUGUUCAUCCUGAAGAGGUGGAAGCAAUCCUGCUGCAACAUCCAGCAAUUGUUGCUGCCAUUGUUCUAGGAGUUCCAGAUGCUCGUAUGACCGAAAUGGUUGUUGCUUGCAUUAGAUUGAAACAAGGUUGGCAGUGGCGCCGCGAUAUAUGUGAACCUCUUGCUGAAACGGAGCUACUCUUAUGUAGUGAGAUUCUCCAGAAGUACUGCAGAGAAAAGAACUUGUCCGGGUUUAAAAUACCAAAAAGUUUCAUAAUAUGGAAGAAGCCAUUUCCAUUAACAACAACUGGAAAGAUAAGAAGAGAUCAAAUUCGAAAAGAAGUUAGAUCUCAUCUUCAAUUAUUGCCCUCUAGCCUUUGAGUUUUGGACUAAUCAAUAGCAGCAAAUGUCAUCAUUUAUCAAUUAUCAUAGCUGGAGAAAAUUGUCACUAUUUAUCUGUCCGUGUAGCACGGGAAUGGAAAAUAUCCGAAUAAUAUUCUUUACACAAAAAGUUGUAAAUACUGAGUUUGAAGUUUGAGAAGCAAAAAAGAGAUGCUGAAAUGUAAGCCUUGAAAAGAAUUAAUGUAACAAGUUUCUUACUGUUGUA